UCAGCCACUUCCAGAAAGGUUCACUACUGUGCUGAGUUUUUCCAUUUGGAGAUAACGGCUCUCACUGUGGUCCUUUUUUGGAGUCUCAGAACCUUUGAAAUAGCUUUGUAACCCUUCCCAGACUGAUGUAUUUCAAUCACCUUCUUCCUUAUCAUUUCUGUAAUUUCUUAAAAUUUUGCCAUAGUGCGUUACUGGUUAAGACCUUUUAACCAGCUUCAUGCUAUUGAAAAAGUUCUAUUUAAGUGUUGAUUUGAUUGAACAGGGCUUGGAGUAAUCAGGCCUGGUUGGUGUCUAGUCCACCUGAACCCCAUUAUGAAUGCAAUUUCAUAGAUUUGAGAAAUUAGUAACUAUGGGAGCAAAUAGAUUUUCACACAAGCCUAGUUGGUAUUGAAUAUUUUUUUUUGCUUCAAUAAAAACAUUUAAAAAAGUAAUUUUAAAAAAGGUAUUUUGUGUUUACUCAGGUUGCCUUUUAUCUAUUUUAGAUUUUGUUUUAAUUUCUGAAACAAUUUAGUGUGAUAUAUAUUCUCCAAAAUAUGCUAUUUUUCAAUAUUUUACAGCCAAUAUGUUAGCAUUCAGUUUAUAAAUUUUUCUUGACACAGCAGUGUGUCAAAAUAACUUCCACAUCUGCCUUUUCUCUCAUCAUUAAUUUAAUUUACAUCCCUUUUUUGUACUUGACCUUUUAUGGAUUUUUGUGCAAAUGAGCUGUGUUGUGCUUUGAACUUUGAGUAAUCAACAAACAUAUGCAAAUAUGAAUAAUAUCAGCCUGCCUGAAUUUUAUGUAAAUCCUGCAGAAAAUGUUUGUUUGAUUUGGCUUAUGCAGGCAUUUGCACACAACUUUACUAUUAUAUUAAAUUUCUAUGGUUCAGGAAAUUCAGCAUAUACAAAAAUAUUUUUUGGAUUUUUGUCUUUGACAUGCAUCCUUCUCACUCUCUGUCCUUCUCUCAGGCAACUUAUUCUAGAUGGACAGUGGGAUGAGGUGCUGCAAUUUAUUCAGCCUCUGGAGUGUAUGGAGAAGUUUGACAGGAAAAGAUUCCGCUACAUUGUACUUAAGCAGAAGUUUCUGGAAGCUCUCUGUGUAAAUAAUGCCAUGUCAGCUGAGGAUGAGCCACAGCAUCUGGAGCUAACCAUGCAGGAAGCUGUAAAAUGCCUCCAUGCUUUGGAAGAGUUCUGUCCCUCCAAAGAGGACUACAGCAAACUCUGCCUUCUCCUCACCCUCCCUCGUCUUACCAGCCAUGCGGAAUUCAGGGAUUGGAACCCAAGCACAGCACGCGUACGCUGUUUUGAGGAGGCCUGUACCAUGGUGGCUGAGUUCAUCCCUGCUGACCGCAAGUUGAGUGAAGCAGGUUUCCGGGCUGGUGCAGACCGCUUGUUUCAGCUGCUGGUCAAGGGCGUGCUAUAUGAGUGCUGUGUUGAGUUCUGCCAGAGCAAGGCCACAGGCGAGGAGAUCAGUGAGGCCGAGGUGCUGCUGGGCAUUGACGUGCUCUGCGGCAAUGGCAGCGACGAGCCUGACCUGAGUCUUCUGUCAUGGCUGCGGAACCUGGUACCUAAUGUCUUCUCGUGUGCCUUUGAGCAAAAGGUGCUCAAUGUGCAUGUGGACCGGGUGGUUAAACCAGUACGAGCGGCCCACGCUGACCUGCUCACACCGCUCGUCAGCAAACUCUCGCCAUGCCCUGCCUCUCCUUUGCGCCGCCCACAAUCAGCUGACACCUACAUGUCACGCUCACUCAACCCAGUGCUGGAUGGCCUCGCCUAUGGCCUGUCUGGCUUAGAGAGAAGAGGAGGGACCAGAGCCAGUGAGGUGGGGAAAGCAUCACCCAUGUCACAUUCAUUUGCCAACUUCCAAUACCCUGGGGGGCAGAGUCUGAGCCGGAGUCUGAUGAUGGAGGAGUCGCAGUGCCAAAGCAUCUUUGAGGAGUCACCUGAGAGCUCCAGAACUGAAACUCCCUCAGAUAAAAUGAUGAGCUUAAGCAGUUCCCAGAACUCCCGCCCAGUCUCUGCUCCGGGUCAGGAUGCCUCAGAAACGACUUCUACCAAGAAGAAUGAGUUGCGUGACUCGAUGGAACAGUAUCAGGAGUACUAUAGGCAACGCUUACGUGUACAGCAGCACCUGGAACAGAAGCAACACCAGAGGCAGCUAUACCAACAGAUGCUACUGGAGGGUGGAGUCCAGCAGCAGGAGACUUCACCUACUGCCAAGCACAACCUCACUGAGACCUUCCUCAACAGAUCCAUUCAGAAGCUGGAGGAGCUGAAUGUUGGAAUGGAUGAUCUGGGUGAGGAAGUGCAGGCUCUCUCUCUGCAGUGUAAUGGUGGUGAAGGAGGAGAAGCAGGAAUAACUUCAGGGGGUGCCACAGACACAACACUUCAUCAAGAUGGGGCAGGGCUUAGCAGCAGCACCCCUCAGAGAAACAGUGGACUAGUAGAUGUUCCACCACCCACUGAGUCCCCCGUGCUACCAAGUAGUGUUCAGAGGGAGAGAGGAGGACAGAGUGAUGCCAGCAGGACAUGCAUUAAAGGAACAGAGGGAGAUAAGUCCAAGGAAAAGUUUGUAGCAGUGAAUACUUUGGAGGAUACACAAGCCGUGCGUGCUGUGGCCUUCCACCCAUCAGGGGCGUUCUAUGCUGUGGGCUCCAACUCCAAAACCCUGCGGGUCUGCGCAUACCCUGACACACUCGACACCAGUGGUGCAUCUAAACCCCCAGUGGUCCGCUUUAAGAGAAAUAAGCAUCAUAAAGGUUCUAUUUACUGUGUUGCGUGGAGCCCCUGCGGGCAGCUUCUGGCCACUGGCUCCAACGACAAAUACGUAAAAGUGCUGCCUUUCAACACUGAAUCCUGCAAUGCCACCGGUCCUGAUCUGGAGUUCAGUAUGCAUGAUGGUACUAUUCGAGACCUGGCCUUCAUGGAAGGGCCUGAGAGUGGAGGAUCCAUCUUAAUCAGUGCUGGAGCAGGAGACUGUAACAUCUAUACUACUGACUGUCAGAGAGGACAGGGGCUUCAUGCUCUCAGCGGACACACAGGCCACAUACUGUCACUGUACACAUGGGGAGGCUGGAUGAUUGCAUCUGGUUCACAGGAUAAGACUGUGCGUUUCUGGGACCUACGUGUUCCUAGCUGUGUGAGAGUCGUAGGGACAGCUUUCCAUGGGUCAGGUAGCCCAGUAGCUUCAGUGGCAGUGGAUCCCAGUGGGCGGCUGCUAGCCACAGGCCAGGAGGACAGUGCCUGUAUGCUGUAUGACAUCAGAGGUGGGAGGAUGGUGCAGACAUAUCGACCACACUUGAGUGAUGUGCGUUCAGUACGCUUCUCCCCUGGAGCUCACUACUUGCUCACUGGCUCCUAUGACACAAAGGUUAUCACCACAGACCUACAAGGUGACCUGACAAAGCAGCUGCCAUUGACUACAGUAGGAGAGCACAGUGAUAAAGUAAUCCAGUGCAGGUGGCACCCACAGCACCUCUCCUUCCUCUCCUCAUCUGCUGAUCGCACAGUCACUCUCUGGACACACGACACAUAGAGCCAUCUCUUACCACGCUUCUCCUGACAGUUGGACGGAACUGAUGGCAGUGGAGCCCAUCCCUGGAACACGAUGGAGCAUGCGGCAGGAAUCCGCCUUGGAUGGGACACCAGUCCAUCAAAUGGCACCAUGCACACACAAUAACACCUGGGGCAAUUUAGCAUAGCUAAUCCACCUGCUUGUUUUUGGAAGGUAGGAGGAAGCCCACAUGGACAUGGGGAGAGAAUAUGAAACUCCACACAGACAGUAACUAGAGCUCAGAAUGGAACCAGGUACCCUGGAGCUGUGAGGCAACAAUGUUACCUGCUGCACCACUGUGCUGCCAUAAAUAAUUACAUUUAAUAAUAAUAAUAAUAAUAGUUGGAUUGUCGUGUUGCCUCUAGGUGUGAAUGCAAGUGUGGAUAGACUCUGGACCCACCUCAGCCCUUAUAAUAAUAAUGUUGCGGUGGUGUAAUGGUGCAGAAUGUAGUAUUUGUGUCUCACAUUUCAUCUCAUAUCACAUGUCCUGGGUGUUUUCCUACCAAGUAUUACCUGUAUAGGCUUCAGAUUCACUGCAAACCAGAGCAGGAUAAAUUGGUUAGGAUAACGGUCACUGAACAGAUUGAACUUUAAUUUUAACUUUAAAACUUUAACUGAACAGAUUGAAUUUUAAAAGAAACAGUAGUAUAAAGUGGUCGUAAAUAAUGACCCUCCUCUCAUUGAAAACAGCACACUCAUUGUUUUGCUGCUGUGUGUUAAAAAGAAAAUGUACAUUUUGUGAUCAACAUUGAUAAAAAGAAUCAAGUCUAUAUGCAAGUAGACUGCCAUGCACUAUACUGUUACUGAAUUACUUUCUGUAUGAAUGUAAAUCCCGUGAGUGUUUUUUUCUUUGUCGUGUUGAUUGAAACACAGCGCUUUUGCCUGAAAGAUAACGUGUAUGCAUCUCUUUGAAUAUAGGCAUUGAAUAAAAUGCCUGUAAAAUCAAUGUUUUCUCUACUCUGUUAAAAUGUUGAAUUAGGAUGAUGAUGACUUUAUGCCAUUUUAAAUGUAACCAAAAAGUUUGGUUAUCCUGAUUUAUUUAUAAUUUUUUUCAGAGCUACACUAAUAUAUUUAUUUUAGCAUUUCUGUUAAUGAGCCUUGAUCUAAUUUGUCAUUGAUAGUACCAUAUUAUUUUAUGAAUUUAUUUAUUAAAUUUCUUAAUUCAGGAACUAAUGUCAUUCAUGUUUUAUGGGAAAAAAGUGUCUGCUGCUGUAGCGUCAAAAUAAAGACUUCUUUGUC